GAUGAAGAAGACAUCAAACGACGUCUGGAUUUGAAUCUUCUUCUCCCGACUCUUGAGGACCAAGUUCAAAAGCCGUCGACACCAUGAGUGGCGAGAUUGAUGCCCUCUACAUAUACGACGAGCAGAACCAACCUCUCGUCGAGCAGGUCUAUCGCUCUCGUCCGCCCUCCGCGGCCGCUAUCCGACCCCUCUAUUUCGCCCAUCCGGCCCCGCGCCCCUCGCUCAUCUAUCUUCCGGGGACAUCGCCGGCGGUGACGGUGUUUUCGAUAGUCCAGUCGAACUUGCAUUUUCUGGCGCUUUCGGAAACGGACACAGAACCCCUGCUUGUGCUGGAGUUCCUGCAUCGCGUUGUAGAUAUACUGGAGGAGUUCAUCGGAGCACCGCUGAUUUCGACCAAGGUGCAGGCUAAUUACGAUGUGGUGGCUCAACUGCUUAAUGAGAUGUGCGAUGCUGGCAUCGUGUGCAAUACCGAGCUGAAUGCCCUGCAGGAGGCAGUGGAGACGUCGGGAUGGAUGGGGAAGCUAUUAGGCAACGUGACUUUGCCUGGGUCGUCAAAUGCUAUUCUGGGACAACCUGCGUUGAAGAAGCUGCCACUGGCAGCUGGGAGCGCCGCACAAGGGCCUGCGAUCCCGUGGCGACGGCCAGGGGUCCGGCAUACUUCGAACGAACUCUAUGUCGAUAUUGUAGAAUCUCUCUCGGUUACAAUGGCACCAUCUGGACGCCUGCUGUCGGCUUUGGUGUCCGGAACUAUUGCUUUCACGGCCAAAGUAUCCGGCGUUCCUGACAUGCUUCUCUCCCUGACGGCUCCCGGUGGCCAACAGGCUAUUGGGCGAAAAAUCGACCUCCCCGUAUUCCACCCCUGCGUUCGAUUGGCAAGGUGGCGAGAGCGACCAGGUGAAUUGAGUUUCAUACCCCCGGAUGGGCGAUUUAUCCUUGCGGGGUACGAGGUAGAUCUCCUGCCGCUAGACCCUAAGCUUGACGAGGCUCCUAGCCACAUGGAAAAGGUUUUCCUGCCGGCCAUUGUCGACAUUCGCAAGUCUCUGGGGCCAAAUGGCGCCGACUUUGAAGUUAGACUCACCUUAAACACGAGUUUCCCGGGCCACUCGACACCAAGUCGACCAGGUGGCGGGCGGAAUGGCUCGGGGACCUCCACCCCGUCAUUUCUUGGUGGAAACGGCGCAGGGAACUCUGCUUCCCCGGUGCUUGAGGACGUUGUUGUAACGGUGCCCAUCCCACACUCGGUGCGAAAUAUCACCGACAUGAAAGCUAGUCGGGGCGACGCUAUCUUCACCCCUGGGAGUGGCAUGCUCGAAUGGCGCGUCCCAACCAAGGAUGCCGGAACGGUUUCCGGAACCGCCACACUGCGCUGCACGAUCAUCGGUCACCCAAACGAGGAAUUUGAUGACGAGGAAGCAGAGGACGCAGAAGCAGAAGCAGAAGCCACCCUCCUACAGGGCUACUACGACGACUCCGCAGCAGUGUCUUACCAACAUAGCACCGCAACAGACCUCAGGAAGCCCAAACCGGAGAAGAAAAAGAAGAAGAAGAAGAAGGUCAAGAAGGCAACCUCCCGCGCUGUAUCUACCCCAGAACUCCAUCACGACAAUGACAACGACCACGAAAACACCUUGCUCGCCUCCGAAGAUCAACCACCACCACCACCACCACCACCACGCUCGCCCGCUCCGUCACGUCCGCAAUCUCAAAACCCAACACCAUCGCCGCAAAAGCAACAAACCUCGCCACAGGCCCGUACCCAAUCCCCAUUCUCCAUCUUCCACCCCGCACCCCGUAAGACGAAGAGUCAGAUCAACGCAAGCCUCAUGCCGAAUUCCGCAUCGGUUUCAUUCUCGGUGCGUGGUUGGUUGCCUUCCGGGAUCAAAGUGGAUAGCCUGAACAUCGACCCGCGCCGGAGUCGUGGACUUGGGGAGGGCGUGAAGCCCUACAAGGGGGUAAAGUAUAUAUGUGUAAGUCGGAAGGGAAUCGAGCGGAGGUGUUGAUAUUGCUGGGAUUUAUUCUUCUUUAUCUAAAACCAUCUGGUUGAUUGCAUGGCAUGUGAUUGGAAGCGAGGACUUAUAGUUGGUAAGAUUCAUUUUCACAUAGAUCCAGGUGUACGCAUUGGAUGGCAUUUGAUAGGUAUGAAACGAAUAACGAUGGAUAUUCCUUACUACCAUACCUCAUAACUCUAUAACUACGUCUCAGCUCGC